AGACGGCGUGGUAGUUACGCACUCUCUGUGCUGGCUCUAGGCAUGCACUCAAUCUGAAUGGCAGGUCGGAUGAGGGAAUCGGAACUUGUAGCGGCCGGGAGAGCCAUCGAGACCAAAAGUGGAGGUCAGCCGACCGUCAUGACGAAAGUUCAAUCCGCACUCUCAACAUCCUCAAAAUGCGCGCCUCGAGGCCCCUCGCGUCGCUCGCGCGCCGCAUAAUGGUACGCGCGGCCCCAUCCCAGCUCACACAGAUGAAUGACGGCUGCGCGAUCCCCCAGCUCGGGCUUGGGACGGCGAAGAUGAGCGAUGCCGAAGCGUACACGGCGACACGCGCGGCGCUCGAUGCGGGCUAUCGCCACAUCGCGAUGUCGGAGACCUCCGACGCGGCCGUCGGCCGCGCGCUGCGCGACAGCGGCAUCCCGCGCGCCGACGUAUUCCUCACCUACCUCUCUCCGUCGCUGCGGACGGCGCUCGACCGCGCCGCCCUCUCCUACGUCGACCUCACCCUCCUCUCAUCGCAAGGGGGGCCACACGCGCGCGCCGAGGGCUGGAUCACGCUCGUCGAGGCGCGCCGCAAGGGCCUUACCCGCUCCGUCGGCGUCAGCGGGUAUGGCAUGCUGCACCUCGCCGAGGUUGUGGAGAUGGUGCGGCGCGCGGGGGAGGACGGGCCUGGCGCGGCAAUGCCGGCUGUGAACCGGCUCGCGGUGCAUCCGCUCGCGCGCAAGAUGGACGUCGUGGAGAUGUGUGCGGAGAUGGGGACGGCGGUGUAUGCUGAGGCGGGCGGGCGAGUGGAGCACUCUGUGAUUGCCAAAAUGGCGGAGAAGUAUGGCCAGAGUCCGGAGCAGGUUGUGCUUCGGUGGGGGAUACAGCAUGACCACAUUGUCACGCCCGAGAGCGCGGUGCCAGAGCAUAUCGCGGCCAAUGCUCAGGUGUUCGACUUUGAGAUUGCGCCGGAGGACAUGGCUGAGUUGGACGGCCUCAAUGAGGAACGAGAGUCGGACUUAUGGGCCGAUGAAUAGCAUGCAUCUAAGAUGUGCAUGGGUGCGGGGCUUGCUCUGCCCA